CGAAAUCCCAAAAGUUCCUUCUCUUCUGUUCUGUUCAAGAAGCCUCUAGGGCACAGCCGAUUGACCGCCGGCCACUGCACCUCCACCCACUCACCCCUCCCUUGGCUGUCGAUGCCCCAUCCCCCCCGCCUGACGUCCGAACUCUGAAGUAUGAAAUCUAAACUAGCUUACGAUUGUGAAAUCUGAAUUCUGUUUCUCACUUUAUUUCUAGAUCUGCUAAGAAAGUCUUACAAAUGGGACAAAAGUUGCAUUUUUUAUUUGUCCACCUGGGAUAGAGAUUGGAUCUUGCUCUGUUGCCUGUUUAAAAGACAUGAAUACCCUCCUUCAUCCUCAUUAUCAGAAAGCCAACUCACUAGCCAAGUUGACUUGGUAAUAAGAUAGGGUGUUAAGAAAUUUCUUUCUGAUUUUUCUAUAAAAGGACUACAGAUAAGGAGGUAGUAAAAAAGGCUGCUAUAAACUAGAAAGUUACAAAUGGACAAAUCAGAAAGAAAGGAUGACGUUGAGCCUUUGGAGAUAGAAAAAGAAACAAACGAGGCUCGACAUGAGAAGGGCGAUAUGGGAAUUGAAUCUCUAAAUGAGAAGGGUAAUAUGGGAAAUGACAGUAAUUCACGGAAGAAGGAUAAGAAGAAGAAGAGGAAAAAAGAUUCUACCGAAGAUGAUCCGGAAUCAAGAAAAGAUAAGAAAAAGAAACACAAAUCCAAGAAAGUCACAUUUUCUGAUAAAGUAGACGUUUUUCCAAAUUCGGAUAAAGAUAAAGAGAAUACAAACGCUAAAACAGACAACUUACUUCGAGGCAAGUGGUUUACUCCAGAAGAAGACAAAAUACUAAAAGAAUCGGUUUUGGAUUACAUAAAGUCACACGAUCUUGGUGGAGAAGAAGAAGGUUUAAAAAAGAUUCUAAAUUGUCGAUCUCACCCCGGAUUGAAAAACUGUUGGAAACAAAUUGGGGCCCGCAUCCCCUAUCGCCCACACUCCGCCAUAUACUAUCGUGCCCAUAUUCUAUUCGAACAAGGUGAAAAAGGCAAAUGGACCAAAGAAGAAACCGAAUUUCUACGAAAAUCUUACAAAAAACACGGAAGUGAUUGGAAAAAGGUGGCCGAAGAACUCGGAAAAAAUCGGAUUCAUGUUAAGGAUAAAUGGCGAAGAAUUAAGUUUGAUAACAAAAAGGGAGGGAGAUGGAGUCAAGAAGAGUAUCAAGGGUUAUAUGAUUUGGUGAAUUUGGAUUUACAAAUGAAAGUGGUUUUGGAAGAGAAGAAGUCGAAACAUGGAAUGUUGAGGGAUAAUAUUCCUUGGACUGCGAUUAGUGAGAAGUUAUCGACUCGAAAUGAUUCGACUUGUUGUAAGAAAUGGUACUCACAAUUGACAUCUUCUCUUGUGGAGGAAGGGAAAUGGAGUAAUGUUGAUGAUUAUAGGUUGAUUAGGGCUCUUUAUGAUCUUGAUGCUUCAUGUGUGGAAGAUGUGGAGUGGGAUAGGGUUCUUGAGCAUAGGUCGGGUGAUGUUUGUAGAAAAAGAUGGGAGCAAAUGGUUCGUCAUAUUGGUCAUCAUGGAAGCAAGCCGUUUUCUGAACAAGUGGAGAUUUUGUCACAACGAUAUUGCCCCGAUUUAGAGGAAGUAAGGGAGGAUUGGGACAAUAAACCUUCCGUGUAAUGAAUGAUCGUGUAAUGAAUGAUGUUGCGAAAAAAGUAUGAAUAUUGUUUCAAUUGGUGUGAAGUUUUGGUAUUUUUGUGUGAGUGGUUACUAUGAUGUUUAAUAAGGAGAUUUAUGGAAGUGGGGUAUAAAAGUUAUGUUUUGUUAGAA